CAACGGAAACACGUCUCGUUUCAUCCAUUCCUUCUCCACGUUCACAUCUCUCUCUCUCUCUCUCUCUCUCUCUCUCUCUCUCUGCGCAGUGGUAAGACUCCCGAUGGCCAGCAAAGCGCCGUGAACCGGGGCUCAGAAAGCUGGUGUUCGUGAAGAUCUAUAGCCUAAACCCGGGGACAAACGGUUACACCAUCCUCUUCAUCGCCGAAUCGAUCAAGGUUUUUACGUAUAAUUUACCCAAAAGGAAAAGAAGACCAAGCAGGCAUGACUUAAAUUUCCAGAGCCAUUUGACAGUAGAAAAUCGCUCGCCCUUCUUCGACUUCACCUAGCGUCUAUAGUCAGUUGCACAAACCAUCAACAAAUGAAUUCUACAGGCGUUUGGUUUGGUUGCUCUUCAACUCCCCAACCCAUAUUUGGAAAACUCGUACAGAAUCGCACCAAACCCAAAUUUCUCAAGCUCCAUGCCAGUCUCGUCAAUUUCCCCCUCGCCAGCAAGAUCAUGGUUCGAAAUCUAUCGUAUUCCACCACUGAGAGUUGUUUGAGGGAUGAAUUUUCAACUUAUGGCCAGGUAGCAGAAGUUAAGCUUGUUGUCGAUGAAGACUCAAAGAGGUCGAAAGGGUAUGCCUUCAUUCAGUACACUAGUCAAGAUGAUGCCAUUCUGGCUCUAGAAAGCAUGGAUCACAAGCUAUCGAUCGAGGUGGUUCAACACAUUCAUUUCCCACUUCAUUUUCCAGUAUUUAGACGGCAGGCUGGUCUUUGUGGAAUUAGCGAAGCCAGGACGUAAUGCAUUUCGUGGAUACCCUAAAACCUGUGGACCAUCACCUCAAGAAAAGAUCCCUGUGCUGAGCAAAAGAAAGAAAAAAGAGAGGAUCUCUGUACCGAAGCAAGAGGAGGCAAGUGAGCAAGUAGGGCCAUGGCAGGGUUAGAUAGCAGAUUUUGGUUUAGCCGAUCCUUUUGCUGAGGUAACUUGUUUUUUUCCUACCCGAAAAAAAGCUAGUUACAUGGAAGAAUCAAGCAUCUAUUCUGUAACUUCAUUCCUUAACAAGUGUUGAACUGGUUGAAGCUGCCAAUGGUAUUGAACCGUUGUCUUUAUUUACUGAUGCAUCAGUCACAAGUCCUGGAGUCCAUGUAAGAUGUAUAGACUACUACAAAUGCCGGCUGGCAUAGAACUUGAUCCAUCCCUAAGGAAGAAAAAAGAAUUGAGUUUUUUC